AUGUUGGUCAAAAGCCUCCAGGCGGCCGAACAUGUGAGUCGCAUUGACCAAACCUUCCAGAUACUCAGAAGGUAUAACAUGAAGUUGAAUCCCCUCAAGUGCACUUUCGGAGUGGCAUCGGGUCAGUUCUUGGGAUAUAUUGUAAAUCAGAGAGGAAUUGAGGCAAAUCCGGUAAAGCAAGGAAAGAGAUUUCAGUGGACUUCGGAGUGCCAAGAGGCCUUCGAGUCUCUGAAGAAACACCUCGGUGAAUCGCCCCUCCUAUCGAAACCCCAUCCAGAUGAAUCUCUGUUGCUGUAUCUAGCAGUGUCAGAUGUGGCAGUCAGCGCGGUCCUAACCAGGGAAGAAAAUGAGCGUCAAUUGUCGGUAUAUUACAUCAGCAAAGCACUUCUCCCAGCUGAAACACGCUACUCCGACAUGGAAAAACUGGCACUCGCACUUAUUACAGCUUCGAGAAAACUGAGGCCAUAUUUCCAAGCUCACUCAAUACAAGUCCUCACCAAUUUCCCUUUAAGGCAAGUACUGCAGAAGACGGACGAGUCAGGACGCCUACUGAAAUGGGCUAUCGAGCUUAGCGAGUUCGAUCUCACGUUCCGACCUAGACACACUAUCAAGGGCCAGGCCCUUGCCGAUUUUAUGGUCGAAUUUACCAAAGCCCCAGAAAUGGAGGCCCUGAUGGAGCCAGCCGAGCCCCCCGAAUGGAAAUUGUUUGUAGAUGGGUCUUCAGGAGAGGCAGGCGCAGGGGCGGGAAUCGUACUGGAAAGCCCGGAAGGUCAUUUGUUGAAUUGUGCGGUAAGAUUCGGCUUUAGAGCCUCGAACAACGUAGCCGAAUAUGAGGCCCUUCUGGCAGGACUAAGGCUCGCCAAGGAAAUGCAAGUCAGGAAGCUUCUGGCAAGUAGUGAUUCUCAGCUCGUAGUGAAUCAGGUAAAUGGGGAUUUCGCGGCCAAAGAUGAUAACAUGCUCGCAUACUUGAAGCUGGUUCUGAACAUAAUUCCCCAUUUCGAAAAGUUCGAACUGACUCAAGUCCCCCGUCUAGAGAAUGCCCAUGCAGAUGCCCUCUCAAAAUUGGCCAGCAGCGUGAACUCAGAGCUUCUGAACAUCGUCCCCAUUGAGCACUUAUCAAAGCCCUCCACCUUCGAAGGUGAAGAGUUACUAUGGAUAGAAGGCACCCCAUUGUGGAUGCAGCCCAUAAUGGCAUAUCUAAAAGAGCAAACGCUGCCUGCUUCCAGAAGUGAAACAAGGAAAUUAAGAAGAAGGGCUGCACACUUCGUCCUUCAAGAAGGAACACUUUACAAGAGAGGCUUUGCCUCUCCCCUUCUUCGAUGU